CGUCCGCACCGCCAGCGCCACCCGCGUCGCCAUCUCCACCAGGCAUCCACACCACCACCUUGGGCGCCGGGCCCUUCCAUGCUUUCCUUCGCUCGUCGACAAGAACAAGAUAUACUAGUGCUAGCUGUUCUGUGCUGCGGUCGUCGUCUUCUUAUAUAAGACGCCAACGACGCAUGUCCUCGGAGCCUGCCGAGGCCAGGAUAUAGAGGCGUCGCCGGGCCGGGCCACUGCACGGUCGGCGGAUAUGGCUGUCGAAGCGCACAGCCUCCUCUUAGCAGGAGGGCACAAGCAACUCACCAGCGCGGGAUGGCCUUGGACGACCGGCGACGAAGCUAGAUGCGCGACGGCGCGACCGAGCCACCAGCAGGCUUUCCAGCUCCAGCAGGCCUCGUGUGUGGGCGUGGGCGUGGGCCUGCCGGCGGCGGCUCCGGUCUCGUCGGCCGCGGCGGCGCCACCAGCGCCGAUGAUAGCGCAGCAGUACGCUGCUGGCGGACGGCUGUUCGUGGGAGACGCGGCGGAGAGCGGCGUCACGUUCGGAGGAGGAGGUGCGGUGCAGCAGGAGGCGCCCCGGAAGCGGAAGCGCGCCGAGCAGGGGCAGACGCCGCCGCCGGUUCUUGGGACCGGCGCGGCCGACGUGGCGGCGCAGUUUCAACAGCAGCUCGUCGACGUCGACCGUCUCGUCCUCCAACACACCGCCAAGAUGUGGGCGGGGCUCACCGAGCAGCGGCGGCGGCACGCCCGGCAGGUCGUGGCCACCGUGGAGGCCGCCGCGGCCCCGCGGCUGCGCGCAAAGGAGGAGGAGAUCCGGCGGAUGCGGCGCGUCAACUGGGCGCUCGAGGAGCGGGUGAAGAGCAUGUACGUCGAGGCGCACAUGUGGCGUGACUUGGCGCAGUCCAACGACGCCGCGGUCACCGCGCUCCGCGGCGAGCUGCAGCAGGCGCUCGACGCCCAGCAGACGCGCCGCCGCGCCGACGACGCCGACUCGUGCUGCUGCGGGGAGAACGACGUCUUCAUCACCGGAGCAGGCGCGGCGGAGAACGAAGAGGAGGCCGGGACCGGGACGUCGUCGUCGGGCCACGUCAGGGGGGCGUGCGCCGUGUGCGGCGACAACGCGGCCGACGUGCUGCUGCUGCCGUGCCGCCACCUCUGCGCGUGCGCGCCGUGCGCGGCCGCGGCGAGGGCGUGCCCGGCGUGCGGGUGCGCCAAGAAUGGCAGCGUCUGCGUCAACUUUUCGUGAUGGUCCUGAAACCGAUAGAAUUACUGGAUAGACUAGAAUUUUUUUUGGAGACGGAUGCAUCUUUUGCACUUGCCUUCCCCCCUCCCCCCCCUCCAAAAACCCUCGAGCGAGAAGAAAAAAUAUAGUCCCAAAGUUCGGAAA